AUGUUCAUGUUUGUUAAGUCAGUCAUUCGUAUUUGUUGUAUUGGUGAUUCUUAUAUACUCCGUAUUUACAUUAGAGUAGUUGUUACUAUGAGGUGGAAUCGAUGGACUAAGCCCGCAAGAAGAGUUAAGCCGACUAUACCUAAAAGGGCUUCUCCGGGAAUCGAACCCGGGACCUCUCGCACCCUAAGCGAGAAUUAUACCACUAAACCAAGAAACCAUAUAUUUUUGGUACUUUUGUGUUUUUGUUAUCUUGCUUUAAACGUUACUUUGGUUAGUCACGUGAUAUCCACGUGCAAGAUAUAUUAUUGGCUGGAAAUUCUAAGGUGUUCUGAAUUCGAAUCCUGGUGGGGAUUGUUUCUUUUUUUUCUGAGAGUAAAUAUUUUAUUCUUACAUUCUUGUGUUAUGAUAUCUUUGGUAAAUACCGUUAUUACCGUUCGAGUACCCCGUCUGCUGUAUGUUAAGUCUAUUUUUGGUCUAUCUGGGAACGCGUAUGAUUUAUCCGUUAAUUUUAUAUCUCAGGAUGAUAUCCGGAUAAUUGAUUCUGUAAAUAGUUAUGGUUUGGUAUUCUUGGAUGAUUUUGGAUUAAAUUUGACAGCUAUAAAAAUAGCAUUAAAAUUUCUUAUUUUUGGAAGUUCUUCAUAUUUCCUCGAGAUAACUACUUUGGCAGAUUUCCUUAGCUUACUAGUGUACUAA